AUGCUAUCGCAAGGGGAAAUGCUAAAGAGUCGGUCAAGAACCAGACUUCAAAAGGAACCCCAGAGCAAUGUGGAGAGGAAGGGCACGUGGCACAGAAUCACACUGAUAUUGACAUGUCUGAUCCCGAACUUCAUGCUGAGGUGUUUUGGAAUGACAACGCCAGAGGUACAGCAUGCAUGGAGAGAGAAGGUUGCACUGUGUAUAUGCAUAUUUUUUUCUUGGAUUGUGCUUACGUUUAUGACAUACGGGAUGAACACGAUUGUCUGCAGAGGAAACAACAAAUACAUUGCGUCUGGCCUGCGCCCUGAUGCAUUUAGUGGGCGUGUUGUGAUAGCAAGCGGGGGGAUAUACUAUACGGAUGGCAGCUAUGAGCUUGGAGAAAACCAGACACACAUGUUUAGCAAAAGCAGCGGAGCAUGCAAGCUUGCAUUUGGACGACAGCUGCCGAGCGGAUCGAUGAAUAUGGAGGACUGGGCAGACAUAACGAGGAAGAAGAUGGUUGUUGUGGGCAGUAAAGUGUAUGAUCCGUCGUACUGCACGGAGCCGAUGUUUGAGGAGUUCAACGAGAAGUAUGCAGGGACAGAAGGGAAGCCUGAUUUUGGGGUGGAUGAGUGGAGGUGCUAUCAGGACAUGUUCUAUGCAGGAAAGGUUGCUACUAAGACGCCUGGGUGUUUUCUUGCAGAUACGAUGUUCUGGAUAUCUACGAUAUCGAUUUUUGGACUGAUCAUUGCGAAGUUUUCGCUGGGGCUGUUUUACUCAUGGUACAUGAAGAAACGAGCAAAGCCAAGCGCAAAGGUAACGCCCUGCAUAUUGCUGGUUACUUGCUACAGCGAAGGGCGGGAUGGGAUUAAGAAGACACUGGACAGUCUGUGCAAGCAAGAUUAUGGAUACGACAAUAAAUUGAUUAUUGUUGUUUGCGAUGGGGAGAUAACAGGAUCUGGAAAUGAUAUGAGUACGCCUGGCAUAGUGCUGAGUCUUUGCGAAGUGAAUACAAAUGCCGAGCCAAAAAGCUAUGUGUCAUUGACGCACGGGUCCAAGAGAUACAACAGGGCAAGAGUAUACGAAGGAUACUACCAUGCGAAGGAAGAGGCGGAGGACGGAGGAUCGUCUUGGUCGUGCUGUGGCAGGCAAGAUGGCGGUAGGGAAUGCAAAGAAUACAAGACCAGGAUUCUUGUGAUCAAUAAGUGUGGAAAUCCAGACGAGGUGUUCAAGGCAGGGAAUAGGGGAAAGAGAGACAGCCAGGUGAUUCUCAUGUCUUUCUUCUCGAAGCUUAUAUAUAGGGAUAGGAUGACCGAGCUGGAGUUUGAAAUGUACAGGAAGAUUAAGAUUCUGAUGCCACACAUUGAGCCUGAGGACUUUGAAUGCAUUCUGAUGGUGGAUGCAGACACGAUUGUGAAGCCAGAUGCACUGUCCGUGAUGGUGAAUGUUUUUGAGACGGAUCCUAAGGUGAUUGGUGUGUGUGGGGAGACAAUGAUCCUGAACAAGCUGGAGAGCUGGGUUACGAUGAUUCAGGUAUUUGAGUACUAUGUAAGCCAUCACCUGAGCAAGACAUUUGAGUCUGUGUUUGGGGGUGUGACAUGCCUUCCAGGAUGCUUCUGCAUGUACAGGAUCAAGAUUGUGACGAAUUCGCAUGGAGAGCUGCUUUCUGGGCCUUUGAAGACACAUGCAGCAGUGCCGAAGAUCAGUAAUGCAAAGCAGCUUUUUGGAGCGUCUGUUGAGAAGAACCUUUGCCUUCCGAUUCUUGCACAUCCGUUUAUUAUAAAUGCAUACUCAGUGUUUGAGGCAAAGACUCUGCAUCAGAAGAAUCUGUUGCAUCUUGGAGAAGACAGGUAUCUGACGACAUUACUACUGAAGAACUUUUACAAGCGCAAGCUUGUGUUUAUACCUGCAGCGAAGUGCGAGACAUAUGUUCCUGGUGAGUUUAGUGUUCUUCUAAGCCAGAGGAGAAGAUGGAUCAACUCGACGGUGCACAAUCUGUUUGAGCUUGUGCGUGUGAACAACCUCUGUGGAGUCUUUUGCUGCUCAAUGCAGUUUGUAGUGGUGAUGGAGCUGUUUGGGACGUUGGUGCUGCCAGCCGCGAUAGUUUUUACGUUUGUGAUGGUAGCGGUAUCAAUUUUGAUUGAGCCAGCGUGGGUUCCUCUGAUUAUGCUGGGGGGUAUUUUUGGGUUGCCUGCGGUUCUUAUCCUGAUGACAACGAUGGAGCUGCAGUAUGUGUUCUGGUGCAUAGUGUACAUACUAUCGAUUCCGAUAUGGAACCUUGUGCUGCCGACAUAUGCGUUCUGGCACUUUGACAACUUUACGUGGGGAAACACAAGGAAGGUGGAUGGAGAUGGCGAGGAGAACGAGGACGGGGAGUUUGAUCACUCGAAGGUCAAGGUUCGUGAGCUGGAGGAGUUUCUGAGUGAAGAGAGUAAAUGA